UCAAUUUUGGGAGUUGAUCAAUUAGUGUUACUGCGCAACUCAUUCAAUCUCCAUUAUCUUGAAAUUUUGCAGGACAAUAUGCAGCAGCUUCCUACCAACAUCACCAAAAUGCUCAAAUAUGGUGUGAAUAUUCUACAAGUGGUCGGACAAUUUAAUGGUCAUUAUAUUGCUAUAAUUGGCAUAAUGAGCUUACUACCAUCUUUAGAAUCUCAAGGGAUAAAAGAUUGUAGUGGACCUCUUCCUUUAGCUCGUUCAGAUCUAGAAAUUGUUGAGAACUCAUCGAGAAUCUCGCUUAAUUGGGCCUUCAGGUCUUGAAUGAGGGAGGCAACGAGGUUGUUCAUGAAGUCGCAUCCGGAAAUGGAUCCUGGAAACCAAUUGUAC